AUGGUGGAAGAAGGUGAAUCAAGGUCCUUGGAGUACACACCAACAUGGAUAAUAGCGGUUAUCUGUUCUAUCAUCGUUAUCAUCUCUCUACUUGCCGAGCGUGGUCUUCGUCGUCUUGGCAAGUGGUUAAAGCGAAGAGGUCAAGAAGCUCUUUAUGAGGCCUUGCAAAAACUUAAAGAAGAGCUAACCUUGUUGGGAUUCAUAUCGUUGUUGCUGACCGUGUCUCAACGUAUGAUAAGCAAAAUAUGCAUACCAACAUAUCUUGCCAAUUACAUGCUUCCUUGCAAAAGAAAGGAAACAACUACUUCCUCAACCGAGUAUUUUGCCUUCAAUAUCGGCCGACAUCUUAUAUCAGAAGAUAUUGAUAGCCAAUAUUGUGCAAGCAAGGGAAAGGUACCAUUGGUAUCUUUAGAAGGUCUACAACAGCUUAAUAUAUUUGUAUUCGUUCUAGCAGUUGUACAUGUCAUCUUCUGUGCCACUACUAUGCUCCUUGGAGUCGCUAAAAUAAGUAAGUGGAAGCGUUGGGAGGACUCAAUCAAGAACACUGAUGGACCUGUUAAACAUAGUCAUGUUCACCAUCAUCAUCGAAUAUUCUUCACGCAACGUACUAUAGGUCAUUACAGAAAAAAGGCAGUAUUGAGAUGGAUAGUAUCAUUCUUCAAACAAUUUUAUGGAUCAGUGACUAAGGCAGAUUAUAUUGCACUUCGAGCUGGGUUCAUAAAGGAACAUAUUCCCGGUAUCCCAGAUUACAAUUUUUACAAGUACCUCUUACGAACUCUGGUACACGAUUUUAGAAGAGUUGUCGGCAUAAGUUGGUAUUUGUGGCUCUUUGUCGUCAUCUUUUUGCUUCUUAAUAUUCAUGGUUGGUACACAUACUUUUGGUUGUCAUUUUUGCCCCUCAUUCUUCUACUGCUUGUGGGUGCUCAUCUCGAGCAUAUCAUUACGCGCUUAGCUAGAGAUGUUGAAAAGAAUAAAGCGGAAGCAGUAAAACCUGAUGACGAUCAUUUUUGGUGCAAUAACCCAGAAAUCAUUUUAUAUUUGAUUCACUUCAUCUUGUUUCAAAAUUCAUUUGAAAUCGCCUUCUUUUUUUGGGUUUGGACUACAUAUGGGUUCGACUCGUGCAUCAUGGAGAAAGUGGGCUACAUCAUCACCAAACUUGUUUUAGGGGCAAUUGUUCAAGUACUUUGCAGUUAUUGUGUCUUACCUUUGUAUGCCAUUGUAUCCCAGAUGGGAAGCAAGUUUAAGCCGAGUAUAUUCAAUACUUUUUCACUUAUACUCAUUCAAGACUGGGUAAGAGAAAGGAGGCGACCAGGCUCGGCAGGUGAAAGCAGUCGAUCAAACCAAUUGCAAAAUCAACCACAAGAGAACGAUGAAAAAAUACCAAUCGAGCAAGAAACAAAUUCAAGGAUAGAGCUAACCAGUCCUAGUUCUAUCCCUAUUCAGGAACAGGUAUGAGGUAUGGAUGGAUUGAUUCCGUGUUGACGACGUGACAUUGGCGGUCCAUACUGCUCCAUCUGUCGUCGUUCCACUACGGCCAAUUUUUUUAUAAUGUCAUUGAGAUUUGUAUAUAUAUGUUACGUGUGUAUAUAUUUGUAGGUUUUAGGUAUAAUAAACAAAUAUUAAAGUAAAACAAAUACUCGUAAAACAAUAGGUUUACAUCAGUAGAAAUCACUGUGCAUUAUAAAUAU